CUCGGCGAUUCCGACACUCGGGUUAUUAAGGCGCUGAAGCGUCGCCUACAACAUGGCGGUGGUGCCGUCGUUCGUACAGUCGCCCCUCCGCGUGCUUCUCCGCGCAUCAUGACCACGGUGGAUCGUACUCAGGGCCGCGCAACGGACCGUACUCCCCGCAGCAGCAGCAGCAGCCGCACAGUACUCGAGGACGCGCGCGUACAGCGUCGUCGUCGCCCGUGAGCGCACGGCAGCAGGGCAACGUGCGAGUCUCGUCGUCGCGUCGACGGGAAAGGAGCAGCAGCAGCAGCAGCGUCGCUCCCCGACGAACGGCAGUUGACCCUCCUCCUUCUCGUCGUCGUCGAGUCGCGUCCGCGAGCCAGGACGGAGAGCCGAGAGUCGCCCCCGCCUCGCGUAAGCUUCGCGUCGCGACCCCGUCCGACCUCGGGAGGAUGCUCGCCGCCGCAGCGGCCCGACCGUCAUCGUGAGACGCCGCCUCCCGCGACAUUCCCAUUGUCCUCGCACGGGGGAAGCCGCGAUUACUGGAACGGGGAAUAUUUUCACGACAGGUAUCCUGGGUAUCAAUUCUCCAUCUACAAUAUAGUGAAAAUGCUACAAAUCGCAAGCUGCUCACCGAAGAUAUCUGGCGAAUGUAUCUCGCAUCAGCCUAUCUACAGACAAAAUUACACGUAUUGUCAUAAUGCCGUAAAUCGUUGGUGUUGACCAGAGAAUUUAUAUUUUAUUCAUUAUACAAGAAGAUAAAUUCAAUCGAUUGCUUCCAAAGACUUCUGUAAGCUUGCAGGAAACGAGUGAUAGAAUAACUUAUCCGAUAAUUAGCUAGAGAAAUUAUAAUUUAUAGAACAAGAAGGUUUUAUUAACGGAUUUCCUUUUUUUUAUCCUAGAAGUGAAAGCGCGGUGACGAAAUAGAUCAAUUUUUUAUUAGCUGCGAAAGAGCUCUUAAUCGAUAUAAUUCUCUUGAUAAUAGUUAAAUUAUACAUCCAAAAUCAAAAUUAAAUUAGAAACUGACUCUUGUCUCAGAAACAGUUGAUCAGCACACAUCGUCUAGACUUGUCUAUCGUGCCUCCUUAUUUUAUCGCUGUUAACUACUCGCCCUCCUCGCGGAAGAGAGGCAAGGUCCCUCGCGGUCUUGUCGCAAUCUUCCAAGUGGUUUAGAACGUAUUACAAUUUGAAAGUGAGCCUGUCGAUUAGUUCCGUUGCGGUUUGCCAGGAUUUCGGGAAUAAGAUUUUUAGGCAAAAAACGAAUGCGAGUUUAAAGAGAAAGUUAGUACCUUGCGAGAGACUGCUUGUAUAUAGUAGGAAAUAUUAUUCAAGUUACACGUUGCCAACGUACAAUUCUUUUCACUUUAUUUGACACGAAUAACUGUCAGCAGUACUCUUGCUUCUGCUAAUAAGACUUUCCUGUUCAACAAUAAUACUCAGUGUUCCUUGCAAGUUGCCUGAAUUGUAAAGUCCGUUAAACUUUUUAUUGUAAUAAUGGCCGAGACACAAAGAAUGACUGUAUAUGGGAGGCACCCUCCGUGCGCAAAUGGCAGCAGGCUGGACGAGCGCCGAGCCAAGAGAUUGGCGUUGCGACACGAGAGAAACAGGAAGCCGGACAAGCCGGACGACUUUGUGUGCUACGAGUCGAGCGACGACGAGGCCGAGACGGUGACCGAGGGCAAGCAGUUCCUGCGAACCUCCUUCAACUUCGUAGAUUACGUGCGCGCGCGCGAGACGAAUACACGUGAAGUGCGGAAUAUCAAUCAGGAGUACGGCUCCCGUCACAUACUGACGCACGAUCUGUUCAAGGAAUACUCGGUCAGCUUGAACAACAUGAACAAAGUAUUCUGUUCUCAGUGGUUGAGUGAUAGACAAGUGGUAUUCGGUACAAAGUGCAAUAAGCUUAUGGUGUAUGACGUAGCGACGCAAAAACUCGAUCAGAUACCGUCUCUCCACGGGAGACAGCUCAGUCCGGGAGGCAACGUUAUGCCCGAGCAGCAGUGUGGCAUUCAUUCCGUUCAAAUCAAUCCCUCGAGAACACUUUUGUCCACCGGGGCGAGAAAUAGUAACGAAAUAGCAAUAUACCGAUUACCGACUCUGGAUCCAGUUUGCGUCGGCGAGAGCGGCCACAGGGAUUGGGUGUUCGACAUGUGCUGGCUGGACGACGAAUUUUUAGUGUCGGGCUCUAGAGACACGAAAAUGGCUCUGUGGCGUAUCGAUAGUGAUCUCGCUGAAGCUCCUGAUAAAGCAGAUGUGCCUACACAUAGAUUGAUUCAACCUGUCUGCGUGAAGGAAUGCAAGUCCGCACAGAAAGUACGAGCGCUAGCGUUCAAUAAAGCGUACAAGGAGAUUGCAGCGUUGACCCUUAAUAGCUUUAUACAUAUCUGGUCGGCCGAAUCCUUCAAGCAGAAAAUAUCUAGAAAACUGCCUGCCUGUCAAGAAAACGUUUGUCUUGCCGUACAGGACGAUGGUGUUUACGCGAUCGGAUGCAGGUCGUACACUCUUCUGCUGGACGCGCGCACGUUGCAACCGAUUAAGAAAAUACCGUCGAGGUACAGCGGUUGUGGAAUCAGAUCAGCAAGUUUCCAAGGAUCUGUCCUAACCAUCGGAACUGGUCUAGGAAUGCUUAUGUUCUACGACGUUAGGGCUCAGAAAUAUCUAGAAUCUUCUAUAAAUUCUAAUAGGACUGUCGUGUUAAAAGCUUCGAAAGGAUACGUGUUUCCAGAUGAGGAAUAUAUAGAUGGUUUCCAAAAUGUGAAGUACACUCCCGCCAUUUAUACACAUUGCUAUGAUGCAUCGGGUACUCGGCUGUUUACAGCAGGCGGUCCAUUGCCCGCGAAUCUGUAUGGCAACUAUGCAGGAUUAUGGCAAUGAAGGUUUAAGUAGAUGAAACCACAAGUAUGAUAAUUGCUAAAUUGAACGAUUACGAUAUAAGUUGUGUAUAUGUCAUGAAAGACUUGACUGCUUGAUUUUUCCAAAUUAAGUAUGUUUGAAGUUUUUUAUUGAUUUAAUUAAUUAUGUUUUGAGUCUCGAAAAGACGAUAAACUUGUCAAAAAACUUUUAACCCUUCUCUAAAUUAUUCAAUUCGUUCAUUUUUCUUUCCUUUUCUGAAUUAUUAAUCCUUCUACGGAAAAUUUGGGAGUAAAAAAUUAUUUUGAGAAUAUUUUUAAUUAUGUGGAAUUGUGACUAAAAAAUAAUAUAAAGAACUUAGUUUACUUUAUGUAAUUACAAGAAAAAAGUUCUAUGAAAGAACAUAUAAGUAACAUUACACCUUACAUGUGAUAAUUCUGUUUCUUUAAAUAAACAAAUUUAAAAAAU